AUGGCGACCAUUGAGAAGGGCGAUAACUACGUCGCUCCCAGGAUUGAGGCCGCUCGUAGGUUCGUUGCCGAUUUGCUGGCGUUGGGGCUCUUCUCCGAGGAGGAGGCUCACGGGGUUGUUCAAGGCUUGAAGAUUCAGUCUCACAUGAACAACUCCGAGUCCGACUACGAGUCCGUCUCCGAUGAUGCUGUCGACUAUUAG